AUGGGAGCAGAGGAAGCGGAACAUCCCCAAAACUCACCACUCAGCGCCGGCCACCAUUUCCCGGUGGGUUCCGCAGUUGAAGUACUGGAAAACGACGCAGCCGUACGUUUCGUCGGCACCGUCGUCCCUCUCCCCAGAAAUAUCGACCCCGAAAAUCAGGGGAAGCUUCACGUGAGGUACAAAGCUCUCCUGGCGCGCAAAGGCCGCUCCGACCGCCUGCACGAGUUCGUCCACGUCUCUUCCGUGCGGCCGACGCCCCCGCCGCCGCACAAGGCGGCCAAGCACUUCGAGGUGAACGACUUCGUCGAAGCGUACUACAAGGACGGCUGGUGGGAGGGCGUCGUCACCGCCGCGGUGGACGGCGGGCAGAGGCUCGUGGUCACGUUUGAAAACCCUCCCGACGAGCUCGAGUUUGCGCCGUCGAGGCUGCGGCCGCUCUGGGAUUGGGCCGAUGGGGUUUGGACCUGGCCUCAGAGAAAGGGGGAAAAUGGAAAUUCGGCCUUUAAUGUGGGAGAGAAGGUGGAGGUUUCGAUUGAGAGAGAUGGCGGUGAUUCUGAUUUUAGGGGCGCUUGGUUUCCGGCGGUUAUUGUGAGGGAUUCGGGGAAUGGGGCUUAUUCGGUGGAAUUGAAGGAUAAAAAUGGCGGGAGUGUUGAAGAAGAGGUUGAAUUUGCUCGUAUUAGGCCUUGCCCUCCGAUUCUAGGCGAUGGGAGAUUUGGGGCUUUUGAGAAAGUGGAUGCGUUCUUCGAUUUUGGGUGGUGGAGUGGAUUGAUUAUGAAGAAGGUUAAGAUGAAUGAGUACAUUGUGUUUUUUGAGCAGAGUGAUUCUACUAAGAAGAUGGAUCGGCCGGAAUUGAGGCCGCAUUUGGAAUGGAAGGAUGGGAAAUGGCUCAUUGAAGGCGUCUCCGAGGCGGCGACGCCAAAGUCGUCGAAAAGUAGAAGAAAAUCGACCUUUUCUGAUUCUAGGGUUUCUCUGAAAAAGCACAAGCCCCAAAUUGAGCAUGCAAAUGAAGAAACAGAGCGUGUUGAUGAAGACGGGGAUGAUGUUGAAUAUGAUCGAGAGCUGCGCUCGAAACGGAUACAGGAUGUACACAUUCCAUCGAUGCUGCCAUUGAUUGAUGAUGAUGAUGAUGAUUCUAGGGCACCAAAUUCUGCGCAGAAACUGCCGUUUGUUAAGCAUAACGCCAUUUGGAAAUCGAUCGAGUCGAUGGAGGUGCUGCAGAGGAUGCCUCAGAGGCCGCAUUUUGAGCCGCUGAUUGCCUUCAAGGAGAGCCAGCGGGAGGGGCUGGCGAUAGGGUGUAUGAUGACGUUCACGAAUGUGGUGGAGGCGAGUUGCAGGUUGAAGUUCAGUGACCCGAAGAGUGUGGCGGAGGACCUCCAGGAGAUGCUGUUGGACUUGGAGAGGUAUGGUUUCCAAGUUGGGGCGGUGAGGGAGCUGUUGAUGAAGUUGCUGAAGGCGAAGGAGGAGGAGGAGAGGCUCGUGGGUCGGGCUAAGGGGAUAAUGGAGCAGAUUGAGGUGCGGAGUGAGAAGAGGGGGAAGAUUGAGAGGGAUAUGCGGGUGAUAGGCGAGCAUUUGGGGAGGCUGCAGGAGCAGCUUAAGCUGGCGGAGGUGGAGAUGGAGAAGGAGGUGGAGGAGAUUGCGCGUUUGCAGGCCGGAUUGGAGGAGGAUCGGCAGCAGAUGGAGAGUUUGAGGGCUGAUUUUGAAGGUGUGACUGCCUCUCUUUGCAAUGGGGAUUGAUGAUGAGGAAGAGUAGUGUGCAUGCCAUGGCUUGGUUUAGAAUUGUGGGAGAUUCUAAUCCUUUAUUUUGUCCUUAUGAAGCUUUGGCAUUUUAGGUGUCUCUUGCCUUUGGUUUUUAGUUUAACUUGAAUUAGAUGAGAGUAAGCCUUGUUCUAGUUAUAAAGUUAGUAUUUACACA